CCCCCACAGAAGGAGUGUUUCUACCAGAAGCAGUGCCGGCUGCCUGAGCCCUCGUGUCCGGAGCUGGCCACACUCACCAGCCAGUGCCUGACCUACGAGCCUACACAGCGACCGUCAUUCCGCACCAUCCUACGUGACCUCACUCAGCUGCAACCCCAGAAUCUUGCUCACGUCCUGACUUUGAACACGGACUCACCGGCCUCGGACCCCACGGUUUUCCACAAGCGCUAUUUGAAAAAGAUCCGGGAUCUGGGCGAGGGUCACUUCGGCAAAGUCAGCUUGUAUUGCUACGACCCGACCAACGACGGCACUGGCGAGAUGGUGGCGGUGAAAGCGCUCAAGACCGGCUGCGGCCCACAGCUGCGCACCGGCUGGAGACGCGAGAUAGACAUCCUGCGCACGCUCCACCACGAGCACAUCGUCAAGUACAAGGGCUGCUGCGAGGACCCAGGCGAGAAGUCGGUGCAACUUGUCAUGGAGUACGUGCCCCAGGGCAGCCUCCGAGACUACCUGCCCCGGCACGGCGUCGGGCUGGCCCAGCUGCUGCUCUUCGCUCAGCAGAUCUGCGAGGGCAUGGCCUACCUGCACACGCAGCACUAC